CAAAGAUGGUGGACAGGAGCACAACUUCUCGAUUUUGACACUAAAAAGUCCUUAAAAACAACUUGAAAUCAAAUUAUAAUGGCCGAUAAAACUAUUCCAGUUGAUCACCAGGGAACUAGGGAACUUAAUGAAUAUCAUAUUGACGACGAAAAUUAUGGGGAUUCUGCAGAAGAGGGUGAUGGAAGUUGGGAUUCGUACUCCGGCGAAGAAGAUGUUUAUGAACCCGAGUGGACAUCAGCAGUAACCGACCGUGGUGAUCUGUUCUACGUUGAACCAUCGGCACCAGAAAUCUCUACAAUAACAGCCGUUAGUAGUCUCAAGCAUCAGGAAAGAGACAAAGAUGAGGUCGGAGACAGCAGAAGGAAAGAUAAAAAGACAAUCAAGAAAUUGAAAAAGAUCAUUGGAAUAAAGAAAAACUAUGAAAAAUCACUUGUGAAUAACAAAAACCAGAACAAUCUCUCACACGGUGUCACAUUCCAGGAUACACCCUCUGGUGUCACAAAAGAGGCCUUGAUUUACGUUGAUCCAAAUCGCAACAACUAUGGACGAAAGGCGUCGUUGUGCGAGAGUCUUCUUGGAAUUAUUCCAGGGUUUUUCAGUGGGAAAAACGAUAGGCAGAAUGGUGGUGGAUUCGCAGACAGGCGCAUAAUGAUUCAAGGUCUCUUACCCAGUGGAGAGGCAAUGAAGUCUGGCCAAGUAAAAAUUGGUGAUUGGUUGAUGUCAGUUGAUGAUUACAAAGUUGACUUUGACAACAUUGAUGAUCUGCUUGCAUCAUAUAUUCAUCCAAGGAGGGUCAAGCUUUUGCUGCAGAAGUUUUGUGAAGAGGCUUACAUCACUCCUCCAGUGAUUAGGAAAAAUGACGAUGCUGAAAGUCUCGUUAAGUUUGUGAGCGGUGAGAAGACUGUUGAGGCAGAAGUAGCUCUGAGGAAUUUGCCUCAUGUGAUCAUGUACCUAACAUUGGAAAAUGUCUCUGAGAAUGUUCAGGACAAGAGUGACCUCCUGUAUCAGUAUCCCCUCGUUGACAGUAAGCUUGUGGAGGUCAGAGGCAUGUUCAUCACACUCUGCCAUACACUAUUGGAUGUAACCAACAACACUGCCAAAAAUUCUACCUUGAUUGUGGAUGAACGCUUGAUCCACGUUGGGUACAAGAUGGAAGAAAAAGAGGUUCUCAUUGUGGCUUUACCAGCAACAAAUGUGCCAUUGUUCAAGUUAAACCACCUGAUGGACGAUAUUGUACGGAUACUAACAAUGCUCUUUGGAACGCUGAAGAGUGCCUUUGGGAAGGAAGAGAAUAAAGAUCGGCUGGACCAUUUCUUCUCUUUGCUGUGCCAGAGGAUUCUGUUGAAAGACGAACUCGCCAAGCAAGGCAUCCAUUGUGAUGAGUGCGAGGAGAGCUUUCUUGAUGCGUUGCCUGGAGUACGGGCUCUAUCGUUACCUGAGGAUUUAAAGACUGAUAUUAGCAGUGCGCUGAGUGAAUUUGAAGCCGCAGAUUUUGGAGAAAUGUCUGAUGAUUAUUAUGACAUCAGAAGAUCCUAUACCAUCCUAGGAUCCUCUCUCUUUCACAAGGGCUUUCUGAUUUGCAAUCACUUGCAUCCUGAGGACAUGAUGGACAUUGCCCUGUACGUCAAAUAUUACUGCUUGCUGCUGAUGUCACAAGACCACCUGGCGGGCCAGGUAGUCAUUUGGAAAGAGAUCACACCAACUCGGAAGUCUCAGGUGGCCUCAUCAACCAACUCUGGGUUUAUUGAACCAGAUGCCAGAUGGUUCCUCAUGAUUGUUGGCAUGAAACAGAACCUAUUGUGUGCCAUGUUAGAAGCAGGAGGCUGUGCUGAAACAGCUGAUGGAAAUCCACCCCCUGAUCCAUUCUAUGUUGACCAAGCAAAGGCGACACUCUUGCACUUGGAUUCAACUGAGCUCCUUGGUCGAUGUGAAUCCCGCCUGAACCCACCGUCCGUCCCUGGUUUGGUGUGUGCUGAUUGGCUGUUCCCUGCUGGAAAGGCAGCCAAGGAGGAACAUACAGCCCAGUCGAAAGUCCAGACAUCACCCCGAUCAGCUGCUCCGAAGAAGUCUCAGCCAGAAUCAAUACUGAAGAAGAAGAAAAGUCCAUCGCAGGAACUAAAGAAAGGCCCAGGAAGUCUACCCGAGUCUGAUCGUGAUAGUAUCCAGUCUGCCGGAGCUGAUAGCAGCACAUCUACUCCCAUCAUGGGGAGGAGACCAAGUCAGAGGUCUUUAGGAUCGGAGGAGUCAGGGGGGAGUGUGGGUAGCACAAGUUUAUUCAGAAAUCCUCGGGGCCACAGGAAGUUGCCUAGUGCCUUUGAUUUGACUGCCAUUGGUCGGAAUCUGCCUGAUGGGAGUGAUGAUCCCACAGUAAAACUGACACAAGGUGCGGGAAAUGUGCUAUUUCAUUACGUUAAUGUUGAUAACGUAGACGGUGUCUAUAUCUGUCCGUCCAAGCAAGACGUCACAUUCCCAGGUGGCACCACCCAUACCCAUGUCAUCCAAAACUUCUUUGCGUGUUGCCAAAACAUCAAGAAGGUGUUUGAAAAGACAAUCAGAAUGAAGAGCCGAGGGAACUGCAACAACAACGAUAAACUUGGGUCUGACGAUGCUCUGGGCGAAGUGGAGGAGCAAGGUGUUUUAUUUGAAUGCACCCCAGCAAACUGGUCAGACAGUAAGAAGACACCUCCUAGUAUUACGUACUGGGUUGUUGGGCGAUUGUUCUUCGAUCCUUAUCCUCGGGAAUUCUACGUGUGCUUCCUUGACUCAACACCUCAGAACUUGGUGGAACUAGCAUUCAAAAUCAGCUUCGGGAUAGCAACUUGAGGUGUAGUUGCAUCCGGCAUAUGAUAUAGGAAAAGGGACAUACCUAAACCUUGCAUUGAGGAUCAGACAUUCUUAUGUAUGGGUUAGGACAGUAGCUCAUUAGAAGUCCACUGCAUUUGUGGCUGUGUUCAGAUGUGUAAAGCUCCCCACCUGAUUCUUUGUGGCUGGCUGUGUCUACUUUCAAUGGUGGCUUUCCAUUAUGUGACGAAAUGUGCUCAUAUCAUCGAUAAGUUUAACGCCACAUUAUGUGCACAUAUAUUUUGCUGCCAGAGUGAGCAUUAUUGUAACUGCCUUGCAUAAUUUAUUAUCAUUUCUUGCGUCCAAUUUAAUACUAUCAGAAAUCGUGUACAAAGACAUUGUCAAAUUUGAGGUGGAGAGGGCUUCCUCUUCGAAUUCUCUUUCGUAAGCUUUUUACAGGUGGUGAAAUUUUUCAAACAUCAUUUCUCCAUACCCUCGUUGAGAAUAGAGACCCUUGUUAGUUGUUUCAGUGAACAAGUUUCAGUAGAGAAAUGCUAUCCGUCCAUUGUCCGAGGCAUUUCCUGCCUAUUUUGUCGAGUGUCCAGAAACGUCCAAAACUUAACGGCUGUCAUCCAAAAAUAAGGGCUGCUGUACUGGGACCUGCAUUUUGAAGUUCUCUUUUGCAGAACCAUACAUUCCAUGAUCAGAAUACAGUAGCACUCGUGUUAAUUGUAGGUCACAACACUGACGAAUUUCAAUAUCAAAAUGAUUUUUUUACUUCAUUCAUAUAUAAGGCUGUUUGAGACUGUUGUACACGUUAAGCAUCAUGUGUAGGCAUAUGAAGAUAUGCUGGCCCACUAGUAUGUCGCAUAGUUUUUAUAUCAAUUCUUAAUGGGGAACCGGCGUGAUUUAUUCGCCGCGUGGCGCUGCAAUCGAUCAUACCAAAACUCUCCAUUUCCAAUGCAUUAUCAUGUUAUUCCUGAGCCCGAAAACGAUCGCUUAUUUUCGACUGAUUUCGGCGACGUUUGCAUCUUCCUGUUUUAAAUAUAUUAAGCUAUCAGUUUCUUAAGAUAAUUUUGCGGAAAAUAUGCGUGAUGCCAGUUAUUGGGCACGUUUUCUGUUGUUGAAAUCCUGUGCAAUAAUGUACGCAAUGGUUUCCCGUGAUUGACCUCAUGCGAUGUCAACAGACCAGAAAAUGACGUCAUGGCGUCAGAAGGUACGAUCGAUUGUGGCGCCGCCACUGGCAUUUAUCUUAACGCCGGUUCCUCAUUGCUGGCCGUUUAUGCUGUUGUUAAUCCUGUGUAACUUAAUUCAUGAAGUCCAUCCAGCAAUGCUUGAAAAGAUGUAGAAAAUAUUUAUUCUUUUUUUUACAUUUGUAUAUCGUUCAUGUAUAGCUGCUUAUAACAUUGUAUAAGUUUUACAUUUUCUUCAUAGUUUGCUGCUGUUUCAUGAACUGUAAUUUAUUAGAAAUAAACCUUUGUAAUAAAUAUCUUGAAAAACAUA